UACCCAUUCACGUGUUAAUGUUUACAAGCUGCUGACAGCUCACCGGCGUCUGUAACGUUGCGUUCCGGUUGAAAUUCACUGUGUAAUUAAGUGUUGUGAUUUAUUUUGCCCUUGGAAGGAAAUGAAAGUGGUAGCGUUAAUAAGCGGGGGAAAAGACAGCUGCUACAACAUGAUGCAGUGUGUCGCUGCUGGUCAUCAUGUUGUUGCUCUGGCCAACCUGCGUCCAGCUCACACAGAUGAGCUGGACAGCUACAUGUACCAGACUGUGGGUCAUCAGGCCAUCCAGCUCUAUGCUGAGGCCAUGGAGCUGCCGCUGUACCGCCGUACCAUCCAGGGAUCCAGUCUGGACACCACCAGGGAUUACACUGAGACGGAGGGGGACGAGGUGGAGGACCUGUACCAGCUGCUGCUCCAAGUCAAGGACAAAGAAGGAGUGGAGGGGGUUUCUGUCGGCGCCAUUCUCUCUGACUACCAAAGGGUCCGUGUGGAGAAUGUAUGCCAGCGUCUUGGCCUGCAGCCCCUUGCCUACCUGUGGCGUCGUGACCAGGAGACUCUGCUCUCUGAGAUGAUAUCAUCAGGCCUCCACGCCAUCCUUAUCAAAGUGGCUGCGUUUGGACUGGAUCCAGAGAAGCACUUGGGAAAGUCUCUGUCCGAGAUGCAGAGCCACCUGCUACAGCUGUCUCAGAAGUUUGGUGUCCAUAUCUGUGGGGAGGGCGGAGAGUACGAGACUCUGACUCUGGACUGUCCGCUCUUCAAGAAGAAGCUGGUCAUUGACGCGGCAGAGACAGUGAUCCACUCGGCAGAUGCCUUCGCCCCGGUUGGGUACCUCCGCUUCACCCAGAUGCACACGGAGAGCAGAGACGCGGCAGUGGCGAGUGCGACGCCCCGCGGUACUUGUCCUUGCCAAAGAGCCAUCGACGAUUUGACGGAGGAGGAGGAGGUGGAGGAAUAUGCUGAUCGGGCCGAAGACGACUGGCAAGAAUUUACAUCAAAUAGUGACCUCGCUUGUCAGAGAGGCCAUGAUGCUGCACCAUCUUUCUCCUCCAGAUCCUCAGCUGGGUUCCAGUGGAUCUCUGGACUCAGCAACUUGCAGAGCGAAGACGUUGAGGGUCAGACAGCUGCAGCUUUUGUAAAGCUACAGAGUGUGCUGGAUCUCCGAGGCUUGACAAUGAAGGACAUAGUCCUCGUCCAUCUCUACGUCCGCCGAAUGGACGACUUUGCUCGGCUGAACUCCGUCUACAAGAAACACUUUGGCUCGAAUCCCCCUGCCAGGGUCUGUGUCCAGGUCCCACUGCCACCCGGGCAGUUGCUGCGGAUGGACUGCCUGAUCCACAGAUGGACGGAGGAGGAUGACAGCUUCCAUCGGAGAGAAGCGAUGCACGUCCAGAGUCUCUCCCACUGGGCCCCCGCCAACAUCGGGCCCUACAGCCAGGCGGUCCGGGUGGACGACUCGGUCUUCUGUGCGGGUCAGAUCGCGUUGGUGCCGUGCUCCAUGCAGCUGGUGAAGGCCGGGACCAGGACUCAGGCCCGACUGUGUUUCGGCUACGUCCAAAAAGUUCUGCAGGCCAUGAUGGGUGAGCUGACGUUGGCCCAUGUGGUCCAGGCCCACUGCUACGCCACCAGGCUCCGGGACGUCCCAGUGAUCCAGGCAGUGUGGGAGAGCAUGAUGAAGGCCACGGAGGACGAUGAGGAUUUGGAGUCAGAUGUCCAAGUGCGCCCUCUCCUGGUGGUGGUGGUUCCUGCUUUACCCCGAUCAGCUGCCGUCGAGCUGCAUGUGACAGCGAUCCAGGAUGAACCCGCCAAGCGCUCUUCCCGUCACAUGACCUCCAAACUGAAAUGCGGCUACCUCGAGACAGACUCUGUGACCGCGGUUGGCAGCAGUGGUGCAACGAUUUCGCUCCGUCUGGUGGCGCCAUCUGCUGGCCUGGAUGACGAGGAGGAAGUGAGAGAAGCCAUUGUCGGCGCUUUUGAAACUGCCAGAGACAAGAUGGAGGCUGGGCUGACCCCACUGUGCGCCAGAGUGUUCUACAAGUGCGGCGACUCGCUCGCUGAAGAGGUUGCUCACGCACUUGGAGAAAGUCUCAGUGGCUCCCUCAGAGACUCCAGUCCGUCAGUGAGCCUGGUUCCAGUCCUGGACCUGUCUGACUCUCAGAUCCUGCACCUGAGCUGCUGGUUCAGCUCAUAGAUCCGGGCCUUUCCGGACUCUCUUGGACACACACCUUUUUUAUGUACACCUUUUUUUUUUACUUUGUCCUUGAAUUGUUUCUAGUUUGUUUUUAUGUUUUAUGUUUCAAAAUUAAAAAUGAAUCUGUUAACAUAUCUAAAACAGAGAAUCAGCCCGGGAUGCUGGGGAGUGUUGGAAUUUCUGGAUCCCUCCUUGACAACGCUCCUGGAUCAUGUGCCUAUUUUAAAUGUGUGUGAGCGACACACACACACACACACACACACACACAUGCACUUCAGCUGUGAGUGUGUUAUUGUUGUGUAAUAGGCAAUCAGUAGCAGCACCUGAAAAGAUUAAGCCUCUUUAUGUUUUCUAUUGAUUCCAAGUCGGCUGGUUAAUAGGAGAGGGAGUUGAGCUGCAGGGGACGAGUGUGUGUGUGUGAGAGAGAGAUAGAGAAGGGAAAAUAACCCCAUUACACGUCGCUCCUGGAUCUUUUCCUCCCUCAAAGAUCAUGAGCACUUGAUGAGUCGAAUGCGCCAGGCGGUUCUGCUGGUGAAGUGUGGUAUUGAUCUGCUGUUGUUUUUGAUUGCUGUUAUCAAAUAUUGAACAAUGGUGGUGAGUCGACGGAGCCUGAAGACUUUGUUGUGUUGUUGGAGAAACACAAACAAGCAAUUAUUUAUGAAGCCCAAAGUGUUUGUGGAGUUUCAGUCCGACAAGAACUUUAUCAAACUGCUGCCGUCUUUGCUCUCCUCCCAGAGUUUUGUGUUCUUGUUGUGAGGCGCUGACCAGGAGGCCCCACAAGGUUCCUCUUGCUGAGACACCAAAGGGGCGUUGACCUGUACCAGCUCCACCAACCUCUUCUGAUCUUCUCACUCCUAAUUCUCUGGGUUUCUCUGAACAAAAGUGAUGCAUCUCUCCUGAGUUCAGUCUCCAAACCUGCUACGACAGGCUGACAUUUACCAUCCUGACCUGCUGCUACUCUCAGGUCAGCUGCUGUGGCCUCGUCCUUUGUGCUGCGAGCCCACAGGCCUCGUCACUCUGGCCGAGCACAAGGACUGAAUUGUUGCUCUAGGCGAACCAGGAUGAUGGUGAGCGCCCUCGCUGCGCAACAGUUCUUCACCAGCCGCACUUCUGUUUGCGUUUGUCUGACUAAACGGAGUUUGUCUCUAUCUCGUGGUGAAUUUGAGAACUGCAGAUUCAAUUGUUCUCAGAAUCGCUGUAUUUAUCCGGGGGAAAUUGCUUUUUGUUACAACCACAAAUCCUGCUCAAAAUAAAAGAAUUAAAAAAAAACAGAGAGCGUACGUAACAUGGAAUGUUACUCAAACAUGCAAGAUAAAAAAUAAAUAAAUAAAAAUAAACAUAAAGACAUAAUAUAUAC